AUGGAGCUUUUGUAUAGCUCAGGUUGUCGUCGCUAUGCGGCCGAUGCUCAAGACAUAUGCUUGACUUUGGCCAAGGUGGGCAGCUUUGUAGGGACUCAGGGCUUCUGCUUUCUUCUAGUUCUCUGCAGUCUUCUGCACCGGUAUAUCUUCUCGAUCUCUCGCCUCAACCUGCUCUACGGUCCCAAAUAUGCAACUCUGCCGUUGCAAGAAAAGCGGCAUCUGCGUCUUGUCCAUGUGGGCAUCGUGAUGAAGUCCAUGGCGGCCCCGAUCAUGAUAACUUCGAUAUCCAUGGUGAUCCAAGGUGGUUAUGCUUGGUCGGAUUCAUUUGGGCCUGGCGUGACUGUUUUUGACACUGUGAGCUUGUCGACCUGCCUUCUGGGGGCAUCAGCAUUGUUUGACCUGAUAUACGACGAGAGCCUGCGUCCGCUUUAUGUCUGGCAUCAUCUCGUCAUGCUCCUGGCCACACAGGGAACGCCGGCACUGAUAAUGAGUCUCCCUACGAGCAAUGAGGCCCGGUUGCUAGCGACGUUUGAGGCCAUCAAGGUCGGACUCACAUGGGUUCUCUUCUCCAGUUUAGGGAGUACCCUGUCCAGGCUCACAUACCUUCUGCGAAAGCUAUUUUCGUUCGAGCCCAAAACACUGUGCCGGCUGUUUCUGGUCAACUUCAUUACCUUUGCGUCUGUUACUUUCCUCGAGGCAGCCAUCGUCGCCUAUCUCCUGCGUACUCGAUGGGAACGACUCCCAACGUCGCUCGCUAUUAUCAUAGCGUUAUUCCAGGCUUUAUUCACGACAACCAAAUACAAGACAGUGGGCAGGCUGUUUGCGGUGUAUAGAAAUCAGGCAAUGGAUGUGAAGAGACUGCUAGAUGUGACGAAGUGGGAGAAUGGCAAGAACGUAAAGUAG